GGGCGGAGUAGACCGGAAGUGUGCUGUCUGCUGAAAUAAGGAAGAGAAGGAGCCAACCGUCUUCUUUGCACAGAUUUCCUCCAAAUUCUUAGCAAUUUGCUUAUUCAUUUUCAAUAGACAACUGGAACAACCGUCCAUACAUUUAGCUUAAAAGGAAAAUCCUACUUGUAUUCAUCUUGUUGGAACUGCCUUUCGAACCUAUAACAUAACAUUUACUUUAGCCGCUAGCUAGCUAACGACGCUGUCUGUCCAUCGACACAUCGAGGUGAAAACUUUGGUUUACAGUUUUUAGGCUAGUCUAAUUGAUUCAUUCGGCAUAGUUAUCAAUCGAACUACUUGGGAGUUACAUUUUUAUGCACAUUACAUUUGUCUGUCGGUAAGAAUUAAUCUAGACUAUAAACACUUCCUACAGUGUUGAGUAACGUUAGAUUGAAAGAAACGAAGCUCUGUUCUAAUUUCCAGUUUGGACUCGUUGGCGGGGCGUUGGUUUGUCUGUUCGGGAAAACAUCGCAUCGGGAACGACGUUUGCCAGCUUGCAACCAAUCCAACUGGAACGACUAACGUUAGUAUCCUGCACGAGCUAGUUAUUAGAAACGCGUUUUCAAUCUUUGUAAAUUAGCUAGCAAACUAAAUCAACGUCAGAAAAUGGCCAAUAGCAUCGAGGCAGUGAAGCGAAAAAUUAAAGUUUUGCAGCAACAAGCGGAUGAAGCCGAGGAAAGAGCUGAGACUUUGCAAAGACAGGUUGAAGAGGAGAAGCGGUCAAGGGAACAGGCUGAGGCUGAGGUGGCCUCUCUGAACAGGCGUAUCCAGCUGGUUGAGGAGGAGUUGGACAGGGCCCAGGAGAGACUGGCCACCGCUCUGCAGAAACUGGAGGAGGCAGAGAAAGCUGCAGAUGAGAGCGAGAGGGGUAUGAAGGUGAUUGAGAACAGGGCCUCCAAGGAUGAGGAGAAGAUGGAGAUGCAGGAGAUCCAGCUGAAGGAGGCCAAGCACAUUGCUGAGGAGGCCGACCGCAAGUAUGAGGAGGUGGCUCGUAAGCUGGUGAUCAUUGAGGGUGAUCUGGAGCGUACAGAGGAGAGGGCGGAGCUGGCCGAGGGCAAAUGCGCCGAGUUGGAGGAGGAGCUGAAAAAUGUCAGCAAUAACUUAAAGUCCCUGGAAGCCCAAGCUGAGAAGUACUCCCAGAAAGAGGACAAGUACGAGGAGGAGAUCAAGAUCCUGACUGACAAACUCAAAGAGGCUGAAACCCGUGCUGAGUUUGCUGAGAGAUCAGUGGCCAAACUGGAAAAGACCAUUGAUGACCUGGAAGAUGAGCUCUAUGCACAGAAAUUGAAGUACAAAGCCAUUAGUGAGGAGUUGGACCAUGCCCUCAAUGACAUGACCUCCAUAUGCGCUAGCCAAUGCCAAGGAGGAGAAUGUCAACAUUCACGCCACCCUGGACAAGACCCUGGAGGACCUUAACAGCUUCUGAGUGGCUACUGGAGCUGCGGCAUGGCCCCUCCACCACCACCUCUUACUGCUCCACCCCCUCACCUCUGGCCCCGUCUCUGUCUGUGCUGGCUGACUGUUUAGCAGGGGGGUGGGGGGGGUUAAUUGUUUUUGGUGAAGGUAGCACUUUCUUCAGUCCACACCUAGCCAAACGUUUCUCCCCAGUAGACCAAWUGGCUGACCGCCUCUCCCACAUUCCACCCCAGUAUCUGCAGAUGCUCACCUGAUAAGCAUCCCCUUUUUUUUGUAGCCUCUUCAUAGCAUUCUUUUUAGUCUUAAAAGGGCAACAUUUACUCAAGCACCCACAUCUUAAGUGUUUCACAGGUUUCUAAUAUUCACAUUCCAGCUUAGGUGUGUGAAUUGUGUGUUUGAGGCCAUUCCUAUGAUCUUUCUUUGGAUGCUAGCUGUUUAGCCAUAAGCGUUUAAAUACAAUGAGGCGCUUCUCUCCUGUUCUGAUAAGAACCCUUGUUAAGGGGAUAUUUGGUGUCCACUGGGACACAUGAAGGUGGCGAGGGUAAAAACUCUUACCUACUUAUGUCUCCCUUUUGGAAUGGGACCACCAUUUGAUCAUUAACUCUCCCUCUGUUAUCCCCAUCUGAACCACUUGCCCGACCAACAUAUCGCCUCAAACUCUUGUCCCCCUCUAACCACUCACCUUCUGCUGGAACAUCCUUACACAAGCACUGCUUUUCUACUGUGCCAAUGCCCAGAGGGUCCACAACUGUGCUACCUUUUUGUCAAGGAUUUUGUGUUCAUUUACAAUUAUGGGCUGGGGGAUUAACAUGUUUUUCUUAUAAGGGAGAAGUGUUUUGUUUAGUUGCAUGACAUUUGUGUAUUUGUUUUUUAUCUGAAGUCAUUUUCCAAAAAGGGCCAUUGUCACAAGUUACUGUAAACUGAAUGUUUUUCCCCCAGUUAACUUCCCCCUUCAAGAUCAGGAAAUGUGAAUGAGUUGUAGGUCAUUGAAGGGAUAUAAAUGUCAUAUAGCUUCAGACAGAAUUGAAUGCAGAUAUUCUAGCCAAUUGCAGCCUUAGUUCUUUAAACUAAUUGUUAUUUUUCCCGAUAAGAUGUGGGGGAGGGGAGUGAUCAGCCAAUCACUACGCAUUCCAUUGCCAAAAUGGAAGCAUAGGGGCCAAUAAAUAUGGAGAAGGGACACAAGGUUAUUAUCUAAACUUAUCAGUAUAGACUAUUAAACAAUUAUUUUUUUCUGCAAAUGAAGUGAACUGCAAACCGUAUAAAAUUAUAGAAAUAAAAAGUAAAAUAUUGCAUCAAGUUUAACUGGAAAUUUUCACUCGACGCUAAGGGUGUAAACAGUAAUGUUUUCAUUGUAAUAAUCAUGACACACAAAUGGACACAAUUUAAAGAAAAUAAAGAACCACGAUUUGUAUUGACAUUC